AGGAGUCGAAGCUGAGCUGCAUUCAACAAGAUGCCCAACUUUUCAUCCUCUUCUGUCUGGAGUGCAAGCUCCUCGCUGCUGCUGCUGUGUGAGGAAUCUGCGGGGACCAGAAUCUCCUUGUCUCUCAUCUAUUCGCUGUUGGCCAUUGUGGGGACCUUGUCCAACACGAUGGUCAUUUACCUGGUCUUCUCCUUCAAGAAGCUGCAGACCACCAGCAAUGCCUUCAUUGUGAAUGGCUGCAUAGCUGACCUGAGCGUCUGUGCCCUCUGGAUGCCGCAGGAAGUGGUCCUGGGGCUGCUGCCCCCUACCGCUUCUUCUGUUCAUUCAUCAGGAUACCAGCUGCUGUGGGGUGGGCUUCUUGGACUCGGCCUCACGGUCUCCCUGCUCUCCCACCUGCUGGUGGCCCUCAACCGGUAUGUGCUGAUCACCAAGGCACCCAGCACCUACCAUGCACUUUACCAGCAGAGGUGCACGGGGUGGAUGAUUGGACUUUCCUGGGGAGUUGCCCUGCUCUUGGUGCUUCUGCUGCCCGGGCUGUGGACACAAUGGCUCUGGCAGCUGUCAUCCCAGCAGGAGGUCAGCAGUUCACGCUACACAGCCCUGCUGGUGGCGCUGGCUGUGCUCAGCCAGACAGCUCUGCUGCUCCAUUGCUACUUGGGCAUCAUGCGCCGGGUGCGGGUCAGCGUCAAACGGGUCAGCGUCCUCAACUUCCACCUCCUGCACCAGCUGCCCUUCCCUGCUGCCCCGCCGCCGGCACGCCGUGUUCAGCGGCGCCUGAGCAGUGUCUCUGUGCUGCUCCUGUGUUGCGUCUUCCUCCUAGACACCCAGCCCAUGGUCUGGGUGAGCCUGCUGGGCUUCUUCCUGCCCUCUGUGCCCCGGGCUCUGCAAGUGACCAGCUGGCUGCUAUUCUGCUCCCUGUCUGCAUUCAACCCGCUGCUCUAUACCUGGAAGAAUGAGGAAUUCAGGCGCUCUGUGCGCUCAGUGCUGCCCAGAGGAGAGACCCCAGCUGUCACAGUGGUGGUGAACAGUGAGAUGGCAAACAUUGCUGGUGAUACAAAAUUACUGAAGUUAAUCAUAUUUGGAGAAGAAUUUGAGGAACUUCAGAGGUACCUAGCAAAGCUGUGUGAAUGGCUAAUAGAAUUAAAUCAAAGGCCCACUAUCGUACUUGGUAUCAACAUGUUCAGAGUACAUAUUUUGGAUAUAAAAGGCAGUAAUUCAUGCUUUCUAAGGGAUAUGAACCUUCAUGCUUCUGGACAUGAGCAGGCAAUUAACUGA